CCUGGCCCACGGUCAUGCCCUGCGCCACCUCCCGCAGGGAAGCCCCCACACCGGAAGCCAAGAUGUCCAGCAAGCGGGCCAAGGCCAAGACCACCAAGAAGCGGCCACAGCGGGCCACAUCCAAUGUGUUCGCCAUGUUUGACCAGUCCCAGAUCCAGGAGUUUAAGGAGGCUUUCAACAUGAUCGACCAGAACCGCGAUGGCUUCAUUGACAAGGAGGACCUGCAUGACAUGCUGGCUUCCCUGGGGAAGAACCCCACGGACGAGUACCUGGAGGGUAUGAUGAGCGAGGCGCCGGGCCCCAUCAACUUCACCAUGUUCCUCACCAUGUUUGGGGAGAAGCUGAACGGCACUGACCCCGAGGACGUGAUCCGCAACGCCUUCGCCUGCUUCGACGAGGAGGCCUCAGGCUUCAUCCAUGAGGACCACCUCCGGGAGCUGCUGACCACCAUGGGUGACCGCUUCACAGACGAGGAGGUGGACGAGAUGUAUCGCGAGGCCCCCAUCGACAAGAAAGGCAACUUCAACUACGUGGAGUUCACGCGCAUCCUCAAGCACGGAGCCAAGGACAAGGAUGACUAGGCCGCCCCUCGCCUGGCCCCGCCCC